ACUUAAGCAAACAUGCUGUAAGCCCGUCACGGGGCGCCCAGGGUGAUCCAGGCAUAUGUCCACACGCCGAAGGUUGGACUGUGUUGGUGCCAUGUCGUCUUUUGGGAAGCUGACCGAAUACUUCAGCCUCCGGAAGUCCAGGAAUGAAUUUCGAUCCGAUCGGCGGAAUAGCCGGAGAAGUGGCAGUUACUGCUGUAAUCUCACCGAAUGCAGUCCAUCUUCUCUGAUUUGUACUCCUCCUCCAGGAGAGGCCUGGGAGCUAGAAGAUGACUGCAUGAGUCCCGGGAGAGACUCCACCAUGCAACCACGGCUCUGCACUGUGAUGGAUGAGGCCCCUUUCAGGGCCAUCCGAACUCGGUCCUUCUACAUGAGGAAAAGUCUAUCUGUGGACAACCACCUAAGUUCCCUCAGUUAUUCUCUCCACUCGACUGAAACAAAGACGGAGCGGGUCAAAACGAAGCUUCGGAGGCAGUUUAGCCUGGGAUCAGCAGACAAGAAGGAUUUGUACUCUUCAAAGUCUGAGAGCAGCCUCUCUAAGUUCACACACCGGUUGUCAGUUAAACAGAAGCAGGAGAAGAGGAGGACAGCUGAGAAUGACUUGGCUGAUCUACCUGCCUUCCGUCCCAGGUCUCUGAGCACUGAAUAGUCUUCCACACCAAAAAUGACCCAGCAACUAAGAGAUUUGCAGCUGGCCCACGCUCGAAAGCAGGCGGGACCAUCAUCCCCAAAUGCCGCCAAGAGGCUUUAUCGGAAUCUCUCUGGAAAAUUCAGAGUUAACUACAUGUCAUUUGAUGAAGGAAACUUAGCCGGGAAAGCUGAAAAGGAGAAACAGCGAAAAUCCUACCUGUUUCAAGGCAAUGCUGCUCUCUUUGAAGCUGUCGAGUUGCAAGACCUGGACAAGGUGCAAGAGCUACUCAAGCAAUACAGUCUGGAGGAGCUGGAUCUUAAUACUCCUAAUAGUGAAGGUCUCCUGCCGCUAGAUAUCGCCAUCAUGACCAACAACUCGCCCAUUGCCAAGACCCUCUUGCUGGCUGGAGCCAAGGAAAGUCCUCACUUUGUAAGCCUGGAGAGCCGGUCUUUACAUCUGGCAACCCUAGUUCGGGAAGCAGAACAGCGGGUGAACGAUCUCACCGCUCAGGUGGUGAACGAGGUGCCCAACGCAGAAAGUUCAGAAAAAGAGAAACAGCUGAAGGCCUGGGAAUGGCGAUACCGGCUUUACAAGCGCAUGAAUGCUGGAUUUGAGCAUGCACGAGUCCCGGAUCCACCUACAAAUGUCCACCUUUCAGUGGCCAGCAGCACCUCUGUCGAAGUGUCAUUUCAGGAGCCUUUAAGCGUCAAUUCAGCGAUUGUCACCAAAUACAAAGUUGAGUGGAGCUGCUCUCCCACUUUUUCCCCACCGCUGGGCGAAAUGGUGAUUGACAAGCUGAAAAAACUCCAGAUCACCAUCCAUGGCCUUGUCUCGGGUACGGCUUACUAUGUCCAGGUAUCUGCCUACAACAUGAAAGGUUGGGGAGCCCCACAACCAUCAAUCCCGCCCUAUGCCAUCCCCUCAAAUUGGAGAGAAUACGACGGGAGGGCUCCACGUCAGAGAGGACAGGCCGAAGCUCUGGAUCACUUACUUAACCAGGUGAAGAUGGUGCACCAACACUGUGUGUGUCACGGUGAGUCCUGUCGCGUGUCUAAAGACAGUUUGGGGAUGCGGCAGAGGAAAGAGAAGUUAGCUUACCACCAGAACAGCAGCCAAGCACUUCCCCCUGGACUUUAUCUGGGAUACCUGAAGCUCUGCAGCGCAGUUGACCAGAUCCGAGUGUUGGUGCCUGAACAAUUGCCUAACAUCUUGUGUCAUGUGAAAAUACGGAGCAAUUCCAACGUAUCUAGAGAGGAAUGGGAAUGGCUGCAGAACCUGGCUAGCAUGGAAGAGCCCAUUUCCUCCAAUCAAGAACUGGAAACUUCCCAGCAGCUUUUUCUUCAGGAGCUCCAAGGGGCCAUCCGAGAAUUGAUGCAACUGGUCAACAUCCCACUUCACGAGGCCAAAGAUUUCCGCCUGUACAGUCAGGAAGUUCUGGACUUUGGACGGCAGGUCUCCUUUCUGUUACUUCUUCCCCCUUCAGAUGAUGUGUGUACUGCUCCUGGCCAGAAUAACCCUCACACCCCUCGGUCCGGCUUCCUCACCCUUCCUCUUCAGAUCUUCGAGCUAGUUCAUUUCUUCAUUUACGACCAUGAGUUCAUUAGCCAGUAUUGCCAAGUUUCUGCAUUCCUGGAGCUGGAAUCGCUCCUUUCCCAACAAAGCCUCCGAGAAGCCUUUUCAGACUCAGAACUAACUACUGCCAAACAGCGGCAUCAGCAAGUUCAGGAUUAUAUACAGCAAAUGGAAGAGAUUUGGCGAGAAAUGCGUUGGAUGAUGGACGCCUUGCAACAUGCCCGAUACAAGCAAUCCUCUUGUGGCCUCCCACUUGUGUGGUUUGUCAAAGAAUCGAGCACAGCACAAAAUGAGAAAACUCAGUCAACCUCUUCUCAUUUAGACUUCCUUCCAUCGCCAACCCCAUCUCCUGAAAUGAGCCGUAAGCUCAACUCUGAUUCGCAUGGGAUGUCAGAUGAGGAGGGCUCCUCGGAAGUGUUCUUAGCUACCGACAGCGACUACGACUCCAGCAGCGCCCAGAGCCCUCGGGAACUCGACCUGGUGUACUCUUCUUCUUCGGGACUGGAAUGCUGCAGGAGAAGAGCCACCCGCCCUUUGCGGGAUAGCGCCCCCGACGUCCUCCAGAGCCACGAGCUCAAGAUGCCCGCCAUGCCUCCUCCUAAGGAGACUCCGCCUCUCUCAGAGCAAUACGACAGUGACUUCGUGCUUCCCAGCCGACAGAUUGAGCUGCUGCGCAUCACAGAGAAAAGGCAGGCCUACUGCGUCCGGACCAGCAGUCUGGAUUUCCCCAAGCCCUUCUGCCACGGGGCCAGGAAAUCUUGCCCCGGUUCGGUGGACAGCUCCCCAACCGAGAGCAGGACUGCUGGCCACUGUGGCUCCGUGCCACCUGGAACGAGGCCCGCUUUCGGCUCCAGCCACGAUUGGCACGUGGAGAGCUCGGCUGUAUUUCGGACACGUUCGGUAGAGUGGACUCAGACCUUCCAGGAGACGCCUGAGCCAGGACGUGUAGCAAACUGGGGCAGGUUGCCAGGUUCCUUCAUUGUACGGGUGUGCGCUCAGUACGAAACGGGUCUCUCCAAAGAAACCAGCAUCAAGCUGCCCCUCACUAACAAGAUGUCAGCAGAAGACAUGGUGAAGCUGGUGGUCCAGGAGACGAACGAGGCCUCACGCAAACUCCUGGGAAAUGCCAACGCUCUCUGCUACAGCGAAGAACAGUUGAGCCACUUUGCAUUAGUGUUUGUAUCGGAGGACGUGGAACAGUGGCUCCCAAACAGUUUUCUUCCCCUCUCGCUCCAAAAGACCUGGCCCAACGGGAGAUUCUGUGUCCGAAUCAAAGACACCUCCCCUCUCUUGUUUCGGUAUGGCCCAGCCACAACAGUAUGAGGGGACGGGCACCAGGAGGAGAACAAAAGAGAAAGCAAGGAGCACCCAACUUCCAACGAGCGGAAAGCUCAUCACCAAUGCUUCCUUCUGAACAGACAAUUUCGUGCCAGACGUUGUGGGCCAGAAGCGUAUUGGGCAGUGUGUUGCUUUUGUAUGUUUGUGUGCGUGCGUGUGUGCGUGUGCGUGCG